UGUGACGAUAAACCGGAAAUAGGAAGUGGAGCAAUUCGGCCACUGUCAGAACAGAUUAGCUUCUCGAGUGUUGCGCAUUCAUUCUGCUCCUGUGUUGCAUUUUGCUCUGGCGGAAAACGGCAUCUUGUUGAGGGCCGCUGAGAGAAUGCCGUUUUGCGGGGGAACUUCGUGGAGAAUUGUCGUCGCUGCAGCGCUCGUGGCGCUGUUGCUGGAUGCUGCUGCUCGUGCAGACGCCAAGAGCUUUGAAGACGUUCGCUGCAAGUGCAUCUGCCCGCCUUACAGAAACAUCACUGGCCACAUCUACAACAGAAAUGUUUCCCAAAAGGAUUGCCACUGCCUCCAUGUGGUGGAUCCCAUGCCGGUGCCUGGCCAUGAUGUGGAGGCUUACUGCCUGCUCUGUGAGUGCAAGUACGAGGAGCGGAGCAGCAACACUAUCAAGGUGACGAUCAUCAUAUACCUAUCUGUUGUGGGGGCACUGUUGCUGUACAUGCUGUUCCUCCUGUUGGUGGAUCCUCUCAUCCGCAAGCACGACGCAUACACCCAGCCCCUGCACAACGAGGAGGACUCUGAGGAGAUGCGUCCACGGGUAGGCAGCAGCCAGGCCAGAGGAAACACAGUGCUGGAGCGGGUUGAGGGGGCACAGCAACGCUGGAAGAAGCAGGUCCAGGAACAGCGCAAGACUGUGUUUGACCGCCACAAGAUGCUUAGUUAAACAUAGCGUCGACCAUUCAGAACCCAGGUUGAGAGCGGGUAUUUCCUCUGCCAUCAGCUGCACUUUCUUUAUUGCUCUUCACUGUCACAAUUUCACAAAAUGGAGUUCCGUGGCUUGACCCAAAAAUAUAACUCCUAGUGUAACGCUGAUGAUCAUGACACUUCUCCCUACUUAUCUUUGGGUUCCUUGUCAAUAACCUACCAGUGGCGAACCAACUACUGAAUGUACAUUAGAGUAACACCCCCCCCCCCCAAAAAAAAGGCUUAUAAUUUGCCUACCUUAAUAGAUUAAACCAUAAAUAUGUGAUGUGUUCAAAAUUUGUUUGGCAGAUGAAGGGCAAAAAUGUUGUAUUCCAUGAACCUCCACGUCCAACUUGCCAAGAUGUGCCAAUACAGAAAUGGCAUACAUUUAUUGUGUUCCAAUAAUACUUAAGUAAAAUGUCAUUUCAUAAUGUCCCAUCUGGUUGAAAAGCAAAGUGAGGAGAGUCUCUGUCACCCAAAUGCCAAAGUGGAGUCUACGAUAAUUGCAGACAACCUUGUAAUAACCACACUCUUUGAUUCUCAUCCCAUAAUCAGCUGAUUAAUGUUGAAUGGCAAUGCAAACUGAAACUUGCAUUGGCAUGCAAACAGUAAUCAUUACGUCUGCCUCAAAUUUACAAUCAAAAGGUCAAUCUAAUGACCCACUGCACAUGAAAAAGAAAAAAAAAAGAUCUGAUUUAAAGUGAUCAGAGCAUAUCCUUGUAUGUUCUGAUUGUGAAACGCGGUCAUGUCAAAGAGUGGGUUGUGCUGGUCUUCUUUCAUUUAUAGUUGCUUCAUUUUUCUUCCCUGGUUUAAACCAAAAUCAUUGCCGUAAUCAGAAAGAAUGAUUUCUUCACUCUAGUUGAGGGAUGAGAGCAACUGUAAACAGCACAGAUGUUCACCAUGGUUGUGAGCACAAAAUGGACAUGGCGACUGUUUUUCAUUUAUUUCACUCCCUUAACCGCUUGCUCUAACGUGGCUGAUCUUAGCACAGGGGUAGGGAAACUCUGGUUCCUCGAGAACCAUAUCCUGCCUGUUUUAGAUCCCUCCCUACUCCAAAAAAACUUAUUCAAAUGAUCAGUUGUAUUAGCCAGGGCUUCGGCGCCCCCCUUGUGGCAUUUUAGGGUGUUGCAGAAAGCAAUAGUUGGGUAUUUUUUAGCGACAAGUGGAGGAAAAAUUCCCCAUGAAAAAAAUAAUAAAUAAGUAAUUGUGUGAGAUGCGGCUUUCGACUGGACUCUGAUGCACUUUCCUCAUUUGCAACUGGACCAAUCACAGAAUUAUUGCAAGCCUUUGCUACGAAACAUAAGCUCAACCAUUUUACCUUUUGGCCUUGCAACACACAUGAAUGUCCUUUUAUCCUGGUUUUAAUCUCAUUGUGAGCUCCACAAAAUGUGUGACACUUUUUGUUGGCCAUGAAGCAUUGUUUGAAGGAUUAGGAAAAUCUCGUCAAGCACACCAGUUGUUUAUUCAUAAUUUAUUGCUGUUGAUGGUACGUUGUGCACAUAAUCAUAGUAUGUUCUAUUUGUGUUUUUCCUCUUUUCCUUUGUUUUGGUGAUGCACAAAAGCCAAAUCAAAAUUUGGUGCCCAGUGCACGCUAUUCAUAUCUUACAAAAAUAACUAGCAGAUGAUUAAGCCUGGCGGUAUGACUUGGUAUCAUAUAAAUUCACUUUGUUGUAUUUUAAAUCCCCAUUGCUCCUAAUGUAAUGCCCAGUCACUUAGUUUUCAUCAUUUAAUUUGUCAUGAUUGAUUUAUGACUAAUUUGAAUGUUCUUGCUGUUAUUUUGUAUUUAUAUUGAUUUGUCUGUAUAUUUGUCUCGAUGCAAAAUAAGAAAUCACUGGUUAAGAAGUAA